AUGUCCAGGAAAGCAGGCACUGAGUUUAAGUGGACAGACAGUGAGGUGGAGUUGUUGCUGCGAGUAACACAAGAGUAUAAAGUGGCCAAAGCCCACGAAAAUGUAGACUGGGAGACGUGCCAAAACAAAUACGGCGAAAUACUGGACCGCUUCAAAGAGCAAUAUCCUGCGGAUGCCGUCGAUUACCCCCACAGUAAGGACGAGGCACUGUCCGCUCUGGAAGAUUUGGAAAAAACCAAAGAGGAGCUGAAGUCUGUGAUGUCUGCUCCAGUGUGUGGUGCGGCGGAAAACGAACAUGACGAGCAUGAUGAGAGCAGUGCAGAAGCUAGUGCUGAGCUGUCUAAUGACGGAGUUGCUCAUCAGCGAAGUGAGGAGGAACGGCUCACAGAAACCCACAAAAACGAACGUGUCAAAAAGCAGCUACAGGCCUUGAGCUCAGAAUUGGCCCAGGCCCGUGAUGAUUCCAAGAAGACCCAAAAUGAUGUUUUGCAUGCAGAGAAUGUGAAGGCCGGCCGGGAUAAAUACAAGACCCUACGCCAGAUCCGCCAGGGCAACACCAAGCAGCGUAUUGAUGAGUUUGAGUCCAUGUGAGGUCUAUACCAUCCCCCUUAAUCAUCCCACUCUCUACCUUGUAGCCCUAAUGCAUUGAUGGGUGGCUUACAAGCACAGCUUUUACCUACCCACCCCUCUCCUGUAGACCAGUAAUCCUUGACCUUUAACCCCUUCAGAGAGGUUUGAAGGACAUGGCUGCCACUUCUUCCAGCUUUGCCAAAGCGCUCUCCGCCUGUGAUCAGCCUGGUCGGGCUGUGUACACAUAUUGUGCUCCUCAUAGCCCUACUCCAAUAUCGUCCAAUUAGGAUCAAGUGGUGUAUCCUUAUGAGUUAUUAAAUGAUGAUUUACUAAAAUGUUUGAAAAUAUGUAUUUUAGGAGAGCCUGAAAUCAGUUGAAGCAAAAUGUAUGAGUGGUUUUAUUGCCAUUUUUGUUUAUUUGUUUGUUUGUGUUUGUUUGUUGUUGUUUUUUUGUAUUGUUUUUUGGCAACAGUUAUAUGCUCACAAUGCAUAAAACAGCAUUUUUCUUCUUUCAUCUAUUUUAUUCACUCUGUUUCAACUAAGUGGGUUAUCAAAUCAAGGUUUGGAAGGAUGGUCAAGGGUCAUGUGAAAGUUGUGUGCAACUUGGGAAUCAGCAGUGUCACAUCCACAUACCCUGAAGAGCACACACAGCACCUUCCGCACAGCAGCCCAGAUGUCAAGUGACGAAUGUAGGAACAAAGGCACCUCUCUUGUGAAUGAAUGUGAACCAUAACCAAAGGAAGGCUAUCACUCUUGAUAGCCAAGUGCAUUUAUCCAUCAUUACUGUGGAUUUAGACUGGAAAAGUCCUUUGUUGCUAGUUUUAUUUAUUCAGUGCAAGACAUUUGAUUCAGGUUAAAAUCUGUAGCUUCGAGCUGACAAUUUGAUGGAGGUCCUGUGACACAAUGCAAGAACUCUUUCAUUGUGUCAGGAUGAGUCAUUUGAUCGCUACAGGGAAACACCCAAUGUUUCUUGUCCAGGCGCCAUAUCGAUAAUUUUCCCUGCCUACAGGCUUACAAAGGCCAGGGCUGACAGGUGAACAGACCGACAGAUAAUAGUUUGUUUUAGUGGAUUUGUGAUUGUAAUGUAAUUUGUGUUAUUGUGGGGAAACAGCCUGAGGAUAUUAAUUGUCUGAAUAGAUAAAAAGUUGUGUGUAUGCGUGCACUUGGUGUCUCUGUUCAUCUGUGGGUAUUUUUGUUGGGCAUUUUUGUAUGAAUGUAUUAGUACAUCUGCAUGCUCAUGUGGAAACCGUGGCCUUUCUGGCUGGGGAGCAUAUGAUAACAUCAGUCCUGUUUCGGGAUGGCUCGCUACCUCAUUACUGUAAAACAUGGUGACUGGUUAGUCAAACACUUGGUAUACUGUAUGGCAGAGAGAGGCAAGUGUUGUAAUUUUCUUCUUUUUGAGUUCUUAUUACCUAAAUCUUACUUUUCAUAAAAAGUAACUAAGUAACGCAAUUAGUUACUUUUAUAGGGAGUAACACAAUAUUGUAAUGCAUUACUUUUAAAAGUAACUUUCCCCAACACUGCUUAAUUCUUGGAAUCUGAUUAUAUAAUCCAGAUGAACAUGUAAUCAGUUACUACCCAGCACUGAUAAGGAAUCUGACUACUGAUUGGCCAGGGAUUGCCCAAUCAUGUUCAUGGAGAAUUCUACUGGGAGUUUUAAAAAAAAAAUAAAUAAAUAAAUAAAUAAAUUGCAAAAAUAGAGAAGUGCAGUAAUUUUUCUACAAGUUGGAUAUAUUUUAAGGCACUAUGGAUUCACUUCUUUGGAAUCUGCAAACGUGACUGAGGCGAACCAUCAUAAAACUCUGAAAGGUAAUCAAGUCACUGGCUUUUGGCAAUUAUAUAUAUGUGGACGUUGCCAUCUGAUACUUUAAGAAAAUCUCUGGUCCAACAGCACUGGUAUUUUUCACUGUUUGCAUCAUUCUGCUUAUCUGUGUUUACACAUCUUAGACAGCCUAUCAGCAUUUGUAGUGGGUAUUUUUCAGUAACCCUUUUGUUACACCAGUAGGUGGCGACAAGGCACUGUCAUUAUGAGUGAGUCAAUUGGUUUUGAACUCCUUGGAAAUUUUAUUGUAGGUAGAUGUCAUCCAUCAAUGAUGCUUUGGCUGGUUAGGGGUGAUAUGAAAUUGUGUUGUAUUAAGCAGCCCAAGAUAUGUGUAUGAUAAUUCAUCCUAUAGAUGAUCUGCAAUUUAAUACCAAAGUUAUCUUGUCAGUAUUCUCAUACAACUUGUGUCUACAAAGCACAACAUGACAAAAAUUGUGUCAUUGUCUGAUCCAACUCCAAUAUGUUAAUCGUGUGUCAUAAUGAAGCAUAUUUGUCUAGAACAUCCCAUGUUUAACUUUUUUUCCCCAUUCUUUUUCUUGAUGAGACUUCUUUUUUUUAUGUCCACCUUUUCAAAAUUCUUAACAGGUCUUGGUUCUGUUGACACCUUUAGUCUUUUACCAUACCAUAUUUUAUCUGCUAGCGUAUGUGUGCUGUAUUGCAGUAGAACCCCUCUAAUACUCAGUACUCAAGGCCUGCACUCAUUUUCUUUCACAUUGUGCAUGAUAAAAUAUAUUUAGCAUAUCUGUUAAAAAAAAUAUAUAGUUGUGAAAGCAGGCCCUUUUUUAUGCAAUGCCUUUGAAAGGCUUACCAUAUUUAAAGUUAUUGACAGGACUAUUUUGGUUAAAGGGAUAUUUCACCCAAAAAUGAAAAUUUGAUGUUUAU